AUGGUUAAAAUCAAGGGCCCAUGGGCUUAUUAUGCUUAUGAUUUGCAUGUGUUGCUUUCAAGGGAAAGAGAGCUUUUUGGUUGGUUGCCCCUUUUAGCAGAUUGGUGUUCUGAGAGGCUUUGCAAUUUGCAACCAAGAACUCAUAUGUGUCUUCUCUUUGUUGAAUCUCUGAUUGGUUUGAACAUUGAGCAUUUCGGGAGGUUGAACAAGUUCAAGCGUUUUCAAUGCGAUUUGAGAACAAAGAUGAAAUCCUUGAGUAGUGUAGGACUUGGUCUCAGUAUUAUUUUUGGUUGCCUUCUGUUGGCUCUGGUAGCUGAGGUUUACUAUUUGCUGUGGUGGAAGAAGAGGAUAACCAACAGAGAGAUUGAGAAUGAUUAUGGCAACCCUGUGAAGGAGUUAUUCUACAUGUUUUGUUGGAAAAGAUCACCAUCAUCUUCUUUGAGGCAAACAAGUUUCACUCCUCCUGAGCUUUGUUCUUCAAUGAGAAUUGGUGACAGCCUUGUUCAUGAUCCAGAACAAGUUCAUUCUCAAAGUGGCAAGGACUUUGUUUUCAAGCCCUUUGGAGAGGAUGGCAUGGAUGCAGAAUACAUGAGGCAACAGGACCUCUUAGGUCCUCCAAGAUUCUUGUUCACCAUAAUAGAAGAAUCAAAGGAAGAUUUAGAAUCUGAUGACGGCAAAUCUAAGUGUGACAAGAGUGGAAAAGGUUCAAGGGGUAGAAGCUUGGGUGAUUUGUUAGUUGUGGAGACACCAUACAUGACACCUACUUCUUCUCCACCUUUCUUCACUCCUCCUUUCACUACUCCUAUCAGUCCUUAUAACCAGCGUGGGUUCAACCCUCUUUUUGAAACAGCAACUGAUGCUGAGUUCAACAGAUUAAAGUCCUCACCUCCUCCAAAAUUCAAGUUCUUACAGGAAGCAGAGGAGAAGCUUAGAAGAAAACUAGAACAAGAUGAAAAUAAGGGAAAUGGAACUGAGGUUGAAGGUUCUUUCAUCACAAUAGUUGUUGAGAAGAGAACAGAACGAGAGAUUAAUCACCACUCUCGUCCACCACAGUACCAUUCAAGCACUUCACAGGUACUCCCCUUAGCGUCUUGA